GGAGGUAGGAAAGUCAUCAAUCAUGGCGUCGAUUGAUAGUUUUCAUUUCCUCUUCAAGGAAAUAUCAGCUGUUUUCUCGUGCUACAGGGAUGGUUUAGCUUUAAUAGGGACAUAUUAUGCACUUAAAAAGGCUUAUAGUAUUUCCCAUUAUAUUAUUAAUGGCGUCACGGACAAUCUGUUAUCGCAAUUACACGAGAAGCGCAAUUUUCGUGUUCAGUUUGGAAUUUGGGCAGUGGUAACUGGCGGUAGUGAUGGUAUUGGAAGAGCUUAUGCCCAGGAAUUAGCAAGUCGAGGAAUGAAUAUUAUUCUUAUUAGUCGAGGACAGAAACGUCUAUAUAAUGCAGAAAAAGAAAUUCGUCGUCUAUUUGAUGUUCAGACGUGUACAAUAGCUGUAGAUUUUGCCAAAACAGAAGGUGUUUAUGAAAAAAUCCGUGAAGUAUUAGAUGAUAAAGAAAUAGGAAUUUUAGUAAAUAAUGUUGGCAUAAUGUAUGAAUUUCCAGAGUAUUUUUUGGAUGUUCCAGAAAAGAAACUAAUAGAAUUAAUAAAUGUUAAUUGUACAACAGCUACAAUGAUGACCCAUAUGAUAUUACCUGACAUGCUUAAAAGGGGACGAGGAGCUAUUGUUAUGGUUUCAUCUGGUGCCUGUACUAAAACAACUCCACAAAUGACAGUUUAUGCAGCUACUAAGAGUUAUUUGGAUUAUUUAACGAAAGCCCUGCAAUACGAGUACAGACAUAAAGGUGUGGUUAUCCAAUGUUUAAAACCUUUUUAUGUGGCUACUAAAAUGACUGACUACAGUGAAACGUUAUCAAAUCCUAAUUUAUGGAUACCAUCGGCUAGUAUUUAUGCCAGGAAUGCUGUAAAAACAUUGGGGCGGGUCCCCAUUUCUACAGGUUACUGGCCACAUGCUAUUCUGUCCUGGAUAGCAAAUCUGAUCCCUGAAGUUGUAUGGAUGUGGGGAGCAUCCGGUUUAAACUCGGCAUUAAGAAAUCAGGCUAGAAAACGACUACACUUUAGAAAACCAACAGAAUCAGAUCAGUCAAUGGACAGCCCGGACAAUGUAAUGACUAGCUCGAUAUAAUACCAAUGGUUUUGUAAUAAAUAAUUUAUUUUUUAUUCACAUAUUUGAGCUGUUAAUAAGUGCUUGCGCUUCCUGUCCUCUAAAUGUGUGUCCUGUAAACUAUACAUUUUUACAAUUUGAAUUAUCUUCCCACCCAUUGUCAAGGUAAUCAUGGACAUAAAAUAUUAACAUUUGUUAGUCUAAAAGAGUUUGUGCCACUUUCCCUCCAUCAAUUUCAAAGUUUAGCUCAUAAUCAAUCUGAUUAAAAUACAGAUAUUUUGUUUUGUUGUUUUAUAUUUUCGAUGGCCUACACUACAUGAAGAUCUGACCGGUUGUACUCGAAGGUUGUGUCAGGGGUCAUACGAGCGACUUUUGACCCUAUGACAUCAACCAUUGAUUAAUCAACCAGCGUUGACGUUUGUAGUGGUUUACCCACAGUUCUGUGCACAGUACGUCAAGAACUUGCCGUAACAGACCAUUUCAUUGGCUAAUCCCUCACAUUUACCAGAAUGAGGCUUAUAUAAUAACUCUUCCAGAUCCUAGUGUAGUAAAAACAAAUUUUAAACUAUAAAAAACGAAACGAAAUAGGAUCUGUGAUUUAAUCCGAUUGGCUUAAUACAAUGGUUGAAAUACAAUCUGAUCAAUACGAUUUAAUAUAAAUGUAUCCAGAUUAUUUUCAUAACCAAACAAAAUACCAAUAGUAUUAUCCGUAACAGCAUAAUGUACAUUUGUUUACUUAAAUUACUUAAACAAAAUUACUUAAAUCGGUGCUGGAUUUACCUAUAAGCUUGGCAGGCUUUUAUAUUUUUGACACUGUGACAAGUCUUUCUUACACAUGUGUCAUCAUCAGUCAUCCUCGACUUUGCUCAAUUGUGUCUCAAACACUUUUAUCUUCAUCUAGUCGUGAGGGUGGGCGAUUGGGAGGGGCCUCAUAAGUGAAAGAGCUUAUAAGGCCUCUCUUUAUCUAACUUGUCACAUAUUUGUUCUUUGUAAACAAGGGGGGUUGGGUGGCCAAAUAAUAAUAAAUAUAAUAAUAAUAAUAAUAAUGUGUAUUUAUAAUACCAUCAUUCCAUGGCAUAAUUGUUUGUUCUUCACAUAUAUUGGAAGAAGUUAAUAUGAUAAAGUAUAUAGAUAUGGCUUUAAUUGUGACUUGAAAGAUUCCAAGCUCUUGGAAUUCUUAAUUCCUAAAGGAAAAGAGUUUCAUAGGGUUGGUACUUUGUAGGAGAAAGCUCUGUGUCCAAAUGAUUUAAGUUCAUAAGUAGGUACUGUUAAAAGAUAUUCAUUCUGCGAUCUGAGAGGCUACAUAGAUAAAUUGUCAAAGCAUGUAUGUUAGAUCAGAAAAGCCCUUUUUUUUUACUUUGUUGAACAUUGUGAACCCUCUAAUGACAGAAUUCAUCAUCCCUAUGUAUAUAUUAUUUAGCUGCUUUGAGCGUAUGUUUUGUUGUCUGGCAACCUAUCUUUUUAAUAUGAAUUAUGUGAUCCCUUGCUAGAAUUUACUAUAUUCAAUCAUUUACAAUUUUGUAUUUGCAAUUGAUUCAUUAUGAUUCUUGUAGAUAAGAACUAUGCAAUAUUAUUUCUUUACCAUAGAAAUACAAUUUGCAUGUAAUUAAAUCUCAUAGACCUUCAUGUGAAACCCUCCAGUUUUAGUUGCAAUCAAUUCUAAGAUAUUUAAAUUUUGGGGGUUAUGACCCUGUCCAUAAUAGGUAUAAUAAGAGGUAUAAUAGGGUUUUACAAAAAAAUAUUCCAGUUCUCAGACAAUCCUUCCAAACAAUCUGAUGCAAGAGGGAGGUUUUUAUUUUUGUGUUUUUAUUUUGUCAAAGGAUCAAGUCACUACUGGGCUAAAUGGAUUUUCAUUUCACAUUUAUCUCAUCAUAUUGUUUAUUAUAGGAAUGUAGGAUUAUCUACCCUAGUGUCAUUCAUGAUUGUCAGUAACAUUUAUCAGGGUUGCUUGUUGCUACACUUCAAAUUUUAUCUUCCUGUAACAGAGGAAAUAUAUUUACAUGAGAUAAUUAAGUAAUGAGAUUGUUUUUAUUUUUAAUUUUUUGAAAUAAAAACAUGUGAUGUGAUCCUUUUUAAGUGACGUGGGAUGAUGAUCUGAGAAUCAGAAUAAUUUUUUUAUAUGGCCUAAUAUUGACUUUUUUUUAUAUUAGUAUAAUUACCCAUAUUCUUUCAUUGAAUGACACCAUGACACUUUUUACACAUGUGAAAUAAUUAUGUUGUGUUCCAUUGAUUGUUUUAAUGUAAGCUACUCUAUUACUGUCUCCUUCGUUACAGCCUUUAUUUACCCUGCUUUGACUGCACAGUGAAUUGAAUCUUGGUCAUUGACAAAAUAAGGUCAUUUCAUUUUUAUUUUUGGUCAAAAUACACAGAACUAUCAUUGGAACAAUUAUGUUGAUUAUAGCUUCAAUUACAAUAUAAUCAAUUCAACUGUAAUAAUAUUUUAAUAAAAUUGUUUAUUUGUAUGAAUUUUUUAUAUAAUGAAAAUAUGUUUUCAUGUCUAUAAAGAUGAAUGUAUGUGAGUGAUUAUUAUUUUAAAAGAUUAAAUAGGGAUGGAAUGGGAA